AUGGCUCGGCACCAGAUCCAACAACUCGAACAAGACCUGGAUGGUCAAGCCGAGCCCUCGCCUACGAUGGCCGGUGGUGCCCGGACGAUAUUGGCGCUGGCGCAAAGAUAUCCCAUUUGCAUUCGGAUACCCUCGACCCUCGCUCCGGUGAUGCGUUUCUUACCAGACAGGAUUAAACGGUUACUUAAUCUCCUUGACCGCGCAGACUUGGCGAGAGUCUUCGUGGCCCUGGUUAGAUACCGGUUAUCUAAGGCUGGCGGAGAAGUGGCUUUGACCACCUGGGGAACUAUGAAGCAGCCUGCGAAGGCUGAGGAGUCGGGCGAAUUAGUUGACAUAGAACAGACCGUGGGCUAA